CUGGUCUUUAUCUGUAUAUGUCUGGGUGGGGCUGGAGUACUGCUCCUGGGAGCUGCCCUAGCCUGCCAUCUAGUCAGGAAAAAGGGAAAGAAGAAACACAACUUCGGGAUUAAAAAAUCAUGGCAUCAGGACAGAUCAUUUCUCAAGUUCCGCAAACCAACCCCUGUAACCAUUCCGGACAAGGGGAGUCACUAUCUCAAGAAAUCUCCUAGUCCUACGGGGCACAAGUCCCCCCCUGGGGUUGAUGUAGGGGGCGUGGAGGGUGUAACCCUCUCCCCAGUCAAUGAAUAUUUACAACGUAAAGCCCUGAUAACUACGACUCAGCAGACGAAUAACAACCAUGAACACGACGAACCUGAUCACGAGGUGCAAGGGGUGGUGGAGGGUCCCCUCGAGGCCUACGACGAGACCAAGCUGGGCAGACUCUUCUUCACUGUCAAGUACAGCUUCGAGAAGAACGCGCUGAUAGUGACGGUGAACAAGUGUACUAAUCUACCAGCCAAGGAUAGCCUAAACAGAAGCAGUGACCCGUACGUGAAACUACAACUACUACCGGAGAAACAGCAUAAGGUUAAGACUCGAGUACUGCGAAGAACUCUGAACCCGGUCUACGAUGAAGAUUUUACUUUCUAUGGAGUGCACUUCAAUCAGCUUCCGAUCUUGACACUUCACUUUGUCGUGUUGAGCUUCGACAGGUACAGUAGGGACGAUGUGGUCGGGGAGGUGAUGGUGGAGCUCGAGAAUAUCGAUCUCACAAACACCGACUCCGCCCCUCUCCCCCUGGUCAGGGAGAUCACGCCCAGGAGUAUGAAGUUGAAGAACCUGGGUCGGGGUGAAAUACUCCUAUCCCUGUGCUACCAGCCUGCAGCCUCCAGGGUAACCGUGGUGGUUCUAAAAGCUCGAAAUCUACCAAAAAUGGAUAUAACAGGGUUAUCAGAUCCGUAUGUGAAGAUAUAUCUUCUGUUUAACAACCAGAGGAUUGCUAAGAAGAAGACCCACGUGAAGAAGAGAACCUUGAACCCUGUCUUCAACGAGUCCUUCGUGUUCGACCUACCCAAGAGCGAGGACGGCUUAAAGAGUGUACAACUGGAGUUUAUGCUGCUGGACUGGGAUAGGGUUACCAAGAAUGAGGUGAUUGGAAGGUUGGAUCUAGGAGGAGAAGGUUGUGAAGGAUCAGCUCUCCAUCACUGGGAGGAGAUACAGAACAGUCCUAGGAGACAGAUUGCAGAGUGGCACAAACUCAAACCAGAGUAAUUCAACUUCAAUCCGGGUUGCAGAGAAUGGGAUACAACCUAACCUACAUAUCUUUAUUGGCAGAAUUUACAUUUAUUUUCUAAUCAUAUACCCUUCAUUAAAUUCAA